AUGAGAAAGAUCUUGUUAACAGUACGGUCGUUAACUCGCUGCCACCCCCUUCAUUCAAUUGACAAUAUCCACAGAGGAGCAGCUGAGGGAAGGAUCUCAAGAUUGCAUCUCGAGGAAACAGAGCUAGCAGGAUUCCGCUCCAGCUCUCAAGGCCAGGUCAACUCAGCAGUGGCUGCGAAAGAACAUUCCAUAGUUCAUCUCAGAGGCCCUCAGGAAGCCCUGAUCUCCACUAUAUUAUCGGCUUUGGUCCGAACUGGAGAGGAUGGCAUGCCACAGAGCACACCCUAA